AUGUCCAUGCCUGUCAGAUCACAGUUGCGGACACAUCGCAGUACAAUAACCACAGGGGGUAUGCACAUGCGGAAUAGCUCAGGGAGCUUGGGAGGCAAUUCCCGACUUAGGGGCGUUGAUCUGGCUCCCUCACAGGACAUGUCAGAAUUCUCGUCAAUCGGAAGGGAUGCUGUGGCCCUUGCGACCAAGAUGAGGGGCCAACAGGCACGGCACAACCAGCGGAACUGCCGCAACCUGUUGGGCAAAAUUGGUUCCCUGGAGUCCGUAUUGGGGAGCUUGAUAGAUUCAACCUCUCAAAGUGCCAAGGAGAUGCCGAUGGUGCUGGCGAGCAUGGCCCGAGUCAAGGCUGCAAUGAGGGAAGCUGCAGACCUGAUAGCCCGGGCCAGCUCCAUGGGUGAGCUGGCUGCAUUCGUGAGGGCCCCCACACUCACAGAGGACUUCACCUUGGUUUCCGUGUGGCUAGCGGAUGCAGUUGAAGGACUGGAGCCUGUCCUCUCUGCUGUCCCACAUUGUGCAAGGCUGAAGCAGAAAGUCGACAAGCUGGCAUCUGGGUUGAGGGCCAUGGAGUACAGCAGUGAAUUGGAGGAACAACAGAAGAGGCAGCUUGAUGAAAUGUGUCAAGUGAUGUUGCACAUCAAUACACAUGCCAUCAGCAGAGAUAAGGGAACAGAAAAACUGGCUGAUCUGCUGGAAGGUGCACGUGGGACAAUCGAAAGCGAGGAUGUGGAGUCAUUCCUUGACGAAGUUGCAACUGGAGUUUACCGGGCAAGGCAGAGAGGGAAUCGCCAGGAGGAAGACCUGAUGGAGACGGUACAAACCGCAGUCUGCUGCCACCUGUUGCACCAAAACCAUUUGCAAGUCCCGUCAGACUUCACCUGCCCCAUUACACUUCAAAUAAUGAAGAAGCCAAUGAUGGUCGUGGAAACAGGGCAUACCUAUGACGAAGAAGCUAUCACAGAGUGGUUUGCAAGAGGCAGAAAGACGUGCCCCACAACGGGAGUCGUCCUGGAAUCUAUGGCUACUACGCGAAAUAUUUCUGUGCAGCGCAUGAUCGACGAUUGGGUCACAGAGAAUGGCCCAGUCACUGGGUUUGCAUGGGGCAAGAGGGAUGGGACCCGGGUUAAAAAGACCCCGCCAAAAGAACCAUUAAUACCCACGACGCCACCGGAAGCCCCACGGAAGCAACCACUGCAGCCUAAGCGACAAGCAACAGCUUCGCAAGAAUACCCCAAGAGCGCAGAGCAGCCGCCCCCUGCCAGUACCAAAACCAGCCUGAAACUCAAUCAUCUGGCAAAGUGGGUAACCGAAGAGGCAAUCAGGAGCCUGUUCAACAAGUUCGGCAGGAUCACUUACUGCGUCGUCAAGAAUGGAGCCCAGCCGUCGAGCGACAAUUAUGGAUACGUUGAGUUCGCCAGCUUGGAGCAGGCGAGGGCCGCGAUUGCGGCAAUGAACGGCUACAAAAUGGGCGACCUCAAGAUGGAAGUGAAGUAUGCAAGGAAGACCUGA